AUGGCACAUCAACCCCAAGAACAAAAGGUCGAGAGUCCUAAAAUCUCGGCCUACGAUGCCUACUUCGAAACAGUCCAGUCCAGGAAGAAAUUACCAGGUCCCCUACAAGAGAAUUUGACAUUUGCAUUUUCAAAAGUUCCAGUUUCAGCUUUCCAAGGAGUUCCUGGAGGCAAAGUGAUUGAGAUUGGAGCGGAUACAUGUAUUGCUGACGCAGUGAAGGUUCUGUCUCAACACCACAUUUUGUCAGCUCCUGUGAGGAACCCAGAAGCAGAGGAAAAUGCAGAUUGGAGUGACAAGUACCUUGGGAUCGUAGAUUACUCAGCCAUUCUUCUUUGGGUGCUGGAGACUUGUGGACUUUCUCCAUCAGUUUGUUCAGCAACUGUUGCUGGAGUUGGUGGGGCAGGAGCUAUGGGAGCCAUUGGAGCUGUUGCAUUGGGUGUCACAGGUCCUGCUGCAGUUGCAGGCCUAACUGCUGCUGCAGUUUGUUCUGCUGUGGCUGGUACGGCUGCAGAGAAAGGGGAGGGCAAAGAUUCUCCCACAGGUGCCAAUAAUUUGAGCGAAGAUUUCGACAGCAUUAUACUACAAGAUGAACACUUCAAGUCAACCACAGUGAGGUCAAUACUUAAAUCGUUCCGAUGGGCGCCAUUCCUUCCAGUUGGGACAGACAGUUCUAUGUUGAGUGUCAUGCUGCUACUCUCAAAAUACAGAAUGAGAAAUGUACCUGUAAUAGAACCAGGCCAACCCAACAUCAAAAACUUCAUUACUCAAUCAGCAGUUGUUCAUGGUCUUGAGGGGUGCAAAGGAAUGGAAUGGUUUGACUGCAUUGCUGCAAAGCGCAUCUCUGAUUUGGGGCUUCCUUUUAUGGUCUCUAAUGAGGUUAUUAGUGCAAAUAUCAAUGAUCCAAUACUAGAAGCUUUCAUGAAAAUGAGAGAGAACGAAGUUGGUGGUCUUCCAGUUGUGGAGGGGACAAAGAAGAAGAUAGUAGGUAAUGUCAGCAUAAGCGAUAUCAGAUACUCUUUGCUCAAACCAGAGCUCUUCUCCAAUUUCAGGAAUCUGAGUGUUAAGGACUUCAUGAGCGCCAUAUCAAAAAACCAGGGGAAAGCAAUGUCACCAAUUACAUGCAAUCACCAGUCCAGUCUUGGUUCUGUGAUUGAAACCCUAGCUUCCAAGUCGGUGCAUAGGAUCUAUGUGGUGGAUGGGGAGGAAUGCCAAGUUGUUGGUGUCAUUACACUCAGAGAUGUGAUUUCUUGCUUCAUUUCUGAGCCCCCCAACCACUUUGAUGCCUACCUGGGCUUUGCCGUGAAGCAGAUAAUGAAGCACUGA